AUGGCGGCUGAAACGGCGGCUAAGAAUAUAUGCUUUUCGUCCCUGCCUGUUAUUGAUUUGGUGAAUAUUUUCUCCUUCUUGGAUAGAGAAGACCUGGCAAGGUGCUGCCAGGUUUGCAGUCGGUUCAAUCAAGUUGCCUUUUGCCUUCCUGCUUGGAAAACGUGGUGUAAAGAAGUUUGGCUAGUGGAGGAAUGUCCGCCGGGAAAGAACUGGAAACAGUUGUUCUCCGAGUGGAAAGCGAACUGGGGGCGAUACGAAUCGUGUUAUGCUUCCAUUAAAAGGGCUUGGAACUUCAUUGAAGAAUUUACAAAGCUUCACUGCCCCCAUAUCUACGAUACUUUGAACGAAGGAUUAACAGAGGAGGAGAUUACUGAAACCGAAUCAAAGAAGCUUACUGGUUGUAGACUUCCAACUGAUCUCAGAUGUUCAAUACGUAUCCAUAAUGGACAGCAACUUGUCAGUGCAGGACUCUUUGGUUCCAUGUCAAUAUCCAAUCACCAUCAAAGUGAGUCUCUUCUGGAACUCAAUGUUGCUGCAAAUGGUCUUCAGCGAAGGGACGGACUACGGAAUUGCAUUCCCAUUUCCUUCUGUUUGAAUACUGGAAAUGGACAAUUCAUGGCAUUGACGAAUGAAGAGGGACAUAAUCCAGGAGAAAUCUUUUGGCCAAGUCCUGAUCGCAGUUGUGGAAAUUAUGAUGUCUGUCCAAUGAGAAUGCAUCAUUUCCUGGGUGGGACCAAUUUUGCUUCGUGGCUCUGUAAAUAUGCAGAUCAGUUGUCUGGGAACUGCUACCCAGUAAUUGACAGGGAAAUUUACAAGUUCCUGUUUUCUGGCUCCAUGACUACCAGGGGCAUCACAGUUAAAACAACUACUGCAUUUCUGCCAGAACUAAGCAGUGUGAAACCACCUUUGUUCUUUUUCACUUAUCGCAUAUCAAUUUCUAUGGAUGCAGAAGGCUCCUUGAUGAACAAAUGCCAGCUGACAACACGUCACUGGUACAUCACGGAUGAAAACGGAGUUAAUGAAGAGGUACAUGGUGAUGGUGUGGUUGGUGAAUUUCCAGUGAUGACCCCAGGGGCCCUCCAUGAGUACAUCAGUUGCACAACAUUUUCUACACCUACUGGAACCAUGAAGGGACAUUAUGAAUUUCAGUACCUCAACAAAAAGGGCAGCUUUCAUGUGGAGAUACCACCAAUGAAUUUCAAGAGCCUUCCUUUUGUAAUUGCAGAAAAGAGGUUGUCAAACUUGAGUGAGGGCAAGUUUGAGGAAGAAUGCAGCAGUUCUGGCUCUGAUUAAGGAGUGAAUGAUUGUGUAAAUAUCAAUGUAUGAAACAUAAAAUUUAGCAUAAUGAAUACAUGUAGAUGUUAGGAGUUUUCAAUUGAGUGUUGUCAAACCAAAACAAAAUCAGUUACUUACCAGUUAAACAACUCAGCCAAUCUCAAACCAUAGUAAAACCAAAACCAAAUCCAGAGUAAUUGCCUUUCACUUAAUUACUUUCCACACUCAAUUGGAAACUGCUCUAGGUCAGUGUUUUUGUAAAUAUUUAUUUAUAACAUGUGGUUGAUUUAAAGGGCUAGGUAACAGCAUUUUAGGUAAUUCUGGUUAUGUUUGUCAACUAUGAGUUUAAAAACUUCAAAUUGGCUUAACAGCAGUCUUUCAUUGGCAAAAUCCCCUCCAUACAUCAAAUAGGGGUGAUUUCUGAACAUGAAAACAUUAACACUUUUAUGCAAUUUGACUUGAAAAUGUUGAGCAGAUGUUUUUCCAAGUUUACCAAGGCUAAUGCAAUCUGUUUUAAUAAUUAGUCUUCAUUUUGUCCAGUUCAUGUCCCUUUUUGGCUUUUGAGUUCUUCUGUGGUUUGAGCCGUUGUGAUUUUCACUUAUUACUAAUUCUAUGACCAGUUGGUAAGAACUGAAAUUCCCUAAAAAUGAGUGACAGAGCCACAAGAUUUUCAUAAUUUUUGGCAGAAUGUUUAUGGUGUUGUCUUAUGUUUUAAUACUUAUCCCAUCAUGGCAGAUGUAUCUGGUACUGCACUUUUCUGAAUAUUAAUUACUAUAAUCCAUCAAAUAUUUUUGCUUGUGCGUGAUUGGUCUAAACAAGUCACAUGACCAAAUAUUUCCCAGCUAAAAUUAGGGAAUUCCCCAAUUUUUAAAACCACACAUGUUGCAAAAAAUAUAUAAAGGAUAAUAGACAUAAUAGUCUGCAUUUGGCACAAGAAUAUGCUCGGAUAUUUGUACUUGGAUACUAUCUGUUCCUCAAAGCUGUGCUCUCGGAAACCUGUUCACUCCUCAGAACAGAUAAUGUCCACGGACAAACAUCCGAGCAUAUUUACGUGCCAAAUGGAGGCUAUUGGUUAUUAAUUAGCCUAUGUUAGGAUAAUGUGUAACCAUAAAAUUAUACUGAAAUAAACAUUCCACAAU